GCUUCGGUUUGCUUCAGUUCAAGUUCGCUUCGGUUUGCUUCAGUUCAAGUUCGCUUCGGUUUGCUUCAGUUCAAGUUCGCUUCGGUUUGCUUCAGUUCAAGUUCGCUUCGGUUUGCUUCAGUUCGCUUCGGUUCGGUUCAUUCUCACCGCAACUUUGGGUGGUCAGGAGUGACGGUGAGGGAUCGGCGGGAUGGCACAACACAUGGAGCAUCAUGAGGUGGAGACAAACUACGCGCCUGUGAUGUAUCCGGACGUGCUGAUUAUUUGCGCCAAGGUGGAGGAACGCAACGAUGCCUUCGCGGCGAUUCGCGAUCUGCAGCGCGAGCGCCCCGACGCCAACGUGGAAGUGAUUGGCGACCUCAAUGCCAACCGAGUCUCCCUUGGUGGGAACGAGCUGGUGUAUGGUGAUCUGCACGUCGCAAACGGCCAGGUGCACGCCCCGUUUUUGGACGCAGAGCGCGUCACGCGCACGAGCUCGCAGCCGCGCGUCGGGGCCAUUGGGCUUCGAUGGGUCCUGGCCGCUGGCCCCCGACAAGGCCCCGAGUCGGGCGCCGCUGGCGUGGCUACGCUCCUGGCGCGGCUGCGCCCCCGAGCGGCUGUCAUGCUGGGCAUGUGUGCCGGUCGUCAGCGCAAGUUUUGCCUCGGAGACGUGGUCUGUGCUGGGGCAGCCACCCACAUCUUAGAGGGCAAGCGCGAGGGGCAGGGCCUUGUGAUGCUGGACCGGCGUCGCAUGGAGGACUCGCGUGCCAUGAAUAUCGCUCGCAUCGUUGAGCAGAAGAGCCCCAAAUUCCGACAACACCUGUGCCCCAGGCCUCCAGGUUUGGCCCGACGGGUCAUGUGCGCCGAGUUUGCCAGUGGACCCAUGGUUGAGGAGAAUGGUUCCAUGUGGAAAGACGCCCUCGGACGGAGAUGUGAUGCCUACGACAUGGAAGCAUCGGCCCUGUUUACCGCUACAGAGCAAUACCAGCAAGUAUUUGACCGCCAGUUUUGGAACCUGGGCGUGGUCAAAGGCAUCAUGGACUUUGGCACCGCUGCUUCUCGUGGUGGCGAGGCACAGCCCACGUGCCCCAAUGGCACCAAGGACUCGGCUCUGAUUGAGUACCUUUUGGCCCUGCACUUUGACCAUGCAUCUGCAUCCACUGAUGAAGCAGCUGCACGUUUUGUGCCCGACAAGGACCAAAUUGCCACGCUCGCCGUGCGCAAUGCCACGGUCGCCGUCUUUCUCGGCGUGUUGCCUGCCUAUUGCCAGCAAGCGUCGCUCAGUGCCAAGCACAUUUCUCUCGGUUGCCAAUUCAGUGCAGCCAAGCAGGCCGAAAAGGACGCCAGCAACUUGCACAAGGCCUAUAAAGAUGCACUGAUGCAGACCACGGCCGAGGUUGAAGCCGAGAGCAGCGAUGGCCACCCCUUGCUCAUGGGGCCAGUGCAAGUGACUCAAACGUAUGAUGCCGUGGGCAAGCAGAAGUUUACUCUCGAAGUCGCCCUCACGACCAUUCAUGGACUUGAUCUACCCGAGGACGUAGCGAUGACAGUGCGGACUGCACUGCAAAAUGCCAGUGACCAGCAGGUGCCACAGUCCCGAAACUUUGCCGUCAAGGUGAUGGCCAGUAGCAAUGUGCCAGUUGUGAUGCGCGCCUUCUCCACUAGCUCCACAGCCGAGCCAGUCAACGAGUUGGCAGCCACAACCUCAGCAGAGGAGCCCCACCCGAAGCGAGCGCUGUUGAUGAAACAAGAGCUCACUUCGGUGUAG